AUUAUUGGAUUCCUCUACACUUUGUAUUUGCAAAUAGCAUAUAAUGGAUUACUGUACACUUGUGUUUGGAUCAAUUUUUUCUUUGAUUUUUCUUUAUAUUCUAGCAAAAAUAUGUAGCAAAGGAAACAAAAAACUUCCACCAGGUCCAUCACCAUGGCCAAUUAUUGGAAAUCUUCACUUGUUAGGUACAAAAUCCCAGGUAUCUCUAGCCAAUCUUGCAAAAAUUUAUGGUCCAAUUAUGAGUUUAAAAUUAGGACAAAUAACAACAGUGGUUAUUUCUUCAUCAACCAUUGCAAAACAAGUCCUCAAAAUUCAAGAUCAAGCUUUUUCAACAUAUAGAUUUGUUCCUAAUGCCAUUCAAGCACAUAACUAUAGCAAAUUCUCUGUGGCAUUUCUUCAUGUUUGUCCUCAAUGGCGAACGCUGCGCAAAAUAUUGAACAAAAAUAUCUUCUCUUCCAAAAGUCUUGAUGCAAAUCAACAUCUAAGGUCUCAAAAAGUGAAAGAAAUGAUUGAUUAUUGUGAGAAAUGUAGUGAACAAGGUAAAGUUGUGGAUAUAGGUCAAGUUGCUUUCAAGACUAGUCUUAAUUUGUUGUCAAAUACCCUUUUCUCCAAGGAUUUGGCUGACCCUUUUUCAGAUUCGAAGGUGGAGUUGAAGGAAGUUAUAAAGAAUAUCAUUGAUGAGAUGGGGAAUCCUAACCUAGUGGAUUUUUUCCCUAUACUUGAAAAGUUUGAUCUUCAAGGAAUAAAGCGUCGUACAACCAUUCAUAUUGGUAAAUUGUUUAAGCUUUUUGAUGGUUUGAUCAACGAACGAUUGGAGGAAAAGAGAAGGUUUCAUAGUGAAAGAAGUGAUGUUUUGGAAGUGUUUCUCAGUAUUUGUGAAGAAAAUCCUCAAGAAAUCAAUCAUAAUCACAUCAAAUCCGUAUUUUUGGACCUAUUUUUGGCGGGUACUGAUACAACCACAAGCACAAUGGAAUGGAUAAUGGCAGAAAUACUUAAACAUCCUGAGAUUAUGAAGAAAGUUCAGAUUGAACUUGAAGAAAUUAUUGGAAAAGGAAAAUCAAUAGAAGAAGAUGAUAUUUCUCGACUUCCAUACUUGCAGUGCACAGUUAAAGAAACAUUAAGAUUACAUCCAUCUGCUCCAUUCUUACUACCACACAAAGUGGAGCAAGACGUUGAAUUGUGUGGUUACAUCGUUCCAAAGGGCUCACAGGUACUAGUCAAUGUGUGGGAAAUUAAUAGAGAUUCUACUUUUUGGGAGGAUCCCUUAGUGUUUAAACCUGAGAGGUUUUGGCAUUCAAAUUUAGACGUGCGAGGACAAGAUUUUGAACUGAUCCCAUUUGGUGCGGGUAGAAGAAUGUGCCCUGCCUUGCCACUUGCAUUGCGAAUGAUUCCAGUCAUGUUGGGCUCACUCUUGAAUUCCUUCAAUUGGAAACUCGAGGCAGGCAUUAGACCAGAAGACCUAGACAUGGAGGAGAAAUUUGGUUUGGCUUUAGUCAGCUCAUCCUUUGCGGGCUAUCCCAUCUCCUCUUUGAUGGUCAAAAAUUUGAGAUCACCAAUUUCCAAUUAAAGUUUUAUUAUUUUCUUAAGAAACAAAAAUGUAGGCAAUAAAUAUAAAAAUAUUUCAAACUUCAAAUUUAUUCAUUUUUUUGAAGUUUAAGUAAUUUCAAAGGGAAAAGAUUACUAUAUAAAGUACAAUAAUUAUCAAUAUUUCCUCCCCUACACUUUGUAUUUGCAAAUAUAUAGCAUCUAAUGGAUUACUAUACACUUGUGGUGUUUGGAUCCAUUUUUUCAUUGAUUUUUUUCUUUAUA